UCAGGUUUAAAAGUAUUACCGCUAUUAAAUAAUUUACGAAAAGUCGCACAGAGUGUGGGUGAUAUUAUUGUGCAAUUGGACGUAUUCGACGAGCAAAGAGAAUGCGACGAAGCGCAGAGUCUGCAGGGUCCAAAUGGCAUCAACUUGAACUCGCAUCUUGAUGUGUUCUACGCGAUAUUGCGGCAGGUGGCCGACACGCCACAGGAAGUGCCAUUCCUAAGCAUACUACAACAUUUAUUACGUAUCGAUCCCAAGGAGGCAAUUAGUGAUGUGAUCUGGGAUACAACCGAAAAAUUGGUACAUCGUGCCACACUCCUCGAGAGUCAUGAGGACUCCGUAAGGCUGCUGCGUUCGCCGAGUGUACAGAAGUUCUCGUGUCCGCAUUGUCGCGGUGAUGCCACGAGUCCUAGUCGCAAAAAUGCCGCCUCACUUUCUACCUCAGCUUCAUCACAGCUGCAUAAUGGACCGCUAUCACCGAUUUCAUCACCGCCACCACCACCAGCACCACCACUACUACCAUCAUCGUCAUCGACAUCGGUACACAAUAGUAUGGCAGCACCACCGCCACCAGCGCCGCCACCGCCAAUGCCACCACCAAAUAUGAAUGGUCCACUGAGUGUUGGCAUUGGUGCACCGCCACCACCUCCCCCACCCAUGAUGAACGGUAAUUGUCUUAUAGCACCGCCUGCACCACCGCCAGUACCCGGCGCUCCACCACCACCUGCUCCCCAACCGCCUGGCUCGGCGUGCAAUUUACUCAACAGUCACAGCGCUCAUCCCACACGACCCGUCACGCCUGAUAUGAGUAUGAAUGGUCAUAAUAUGAUAUUGCUUCCACAACAAGAUACACCAGCGCCCAAAUCGAAGAUGAAAACAAUCAAUUGGGGUAAAAUACCACCAAAUCGUGUCAUAGGCAAACAGAAUAUAUGGACGAUUGUCGCGAAUAAUCAUCAGGAUACACCAAUGACGGACAUCGACUGGAAUGAAAUGGAGGGUCUCUUCUGUCUGCAGUCAACUAGUGCACAAGGCUCGCCAAAAUUGGGCCGAGAGAGUAGCAGUAGCUCGGGUUACGACACACUCGAUCGCAAGUCCAAAAAAGAAAGCACCGAGAUAUCUCUGUUGGAUGGUAAACGCAGUCUGAAUGUGAACAUCUUUCUCAAGCAAUUCCGAAGCUCCAACGAGGAUAUCAUACAGUUAAUAAGAGAUGGCGAGCACGAUGAUAUUGGCGCUGAAAAGUUACGUGGUUUAUUGAAAAUUCUGCCAGAAGUCGAUGAAUUAGAUAUGCUUAAAACCUUCAAUGGCGAUAAAGCUCGUUUGGGCAAUGCAGAGAAGUUUCUAUUGCAACUCUUGGAAGUGCCCAACUACAAACUGCGUAUCGAAAGCAUGUUGCUGAAGGAGGAGUUUGCUGCAAACAUCAGUUACCUAGAUCCAUGUAUCAACGCUAUGAUUUACGCAGGUGGAGACCUUAUGAACAACGAAAUGCUACAAGAAGUUCUGUAUAUGGUUGUAAUAGCCGGAAACUUCCUCAACUCGGGCGGCUAUGCUGGCAACGCAGCAGGCGUCAAACUCUCCUCACUGCAAAAGCUCACCGACAUACGCGCCAACAAGCCAGGCAUUAAUCUAAUACACUUUGUAGCUAUGCAGGCGGAGAAACGUAAUCCGGAACUGCUAACAUUCCCCGCACAAUUGGGCACUUUGGAGAAUGCCUCGCGCACUACUGCCGAGCAGAUAAAUAAUGAGAUCAAUGCGCUGGAUACGCGCAUACGUAAAAUCAAAAGACAAAUCGAACAGCCGACAACGGAGGAUGAAAUAAAAGAGCAAAUGUGGGAAUUUUUAGAGGGCGCCGAAAGGGAGGUAGCGGUGCUACAGUCCAACAUGAAGGAAGUCGAGACAAUGCGCUUAAAGUUGGCAGAUUUCUUUUGUGAAGAUGCCGCACACUUUAAAUUGGAGGAGUGUUUCAAAGUAUUGCAAUCAUUCUGUGAUAAAUUUAAGCAGGCUGUGAAGGAGAAUGAACGACGACAACAAUUAGAGGAGCAGGCCACAUUGAGGCGUAAACAACGCGAAGAACAACUCGCCAGACGCGCUAGACAACUUAGCCAAUGUGGCACACCAGUCUCUGAUUCGGAAAAUCAAUGUAGCAUUGAGAAAAUGUUUGAAACUUCCGAUGGCAUCUCGCCCAGCAUUACGCCAAAUGGUAGUAUGCGCAAACGUAGACCGAGUCGUGUUUUACCCGAAGAAGAUGAUCUUAUGGAGUUCUUACGAACAUCCGGUCAUGAGCACAUAAGCAGGGAUCGUAAGGCAUACGGCAGUUUGGAUCGUUCGUGGGCACGUCGCGCACGCUCCGGCAGCUCUAGCCGAAAACGGCCCGAACUCUUGAAUGUCGACUUCAGUGAUGAUCGGGAACGCGCCAGUUCGCCUGCGCCUAUAUUGCAUAUGGAUAAGAAAUCACCAACUUCGCCACAAGCUGGCGGCACAACACCUUCACCCACGCAGCAAGCCAGCGAGGAUACAAAACCGAGAAUAUCCCGUGAAUUUCGACUAAAAAUCGAAAACUGGCUGCAAUCCAACGAGAACGAUGAAAAGCAAAACGAAGAAUUCAAACGUAAGCGACGUUUGGUUAACAGUAAUAGGCGAUCGCUUGAAAACGACACAGAUAGCGAACGAAAAUUGGAUACUUUACCUGAGGAGGAGAAAAUCAUACCGACCACGCCUACUACAACGACGAAUUCUACUAAUGCACACACUUUCAAUAAAAAUACUAUCAGCGCUAACAACAACAAUAACAACAGCUAUAAUAAUUGUAAUAACAAUAAUAAUAACAGCAACAUCAGCAGUAACAGCAACAAUGUGAAUAAUUAUAAGCGCGUUUAUCCCGACUGGAAACCGUCCAAUACGCUGGAGCACACCGAUGUUGUUGGCACAAUACAGGCAAUUGCUGAUGUGAAUAAUGCCCGAGACAAGGCGCACUGGCGCAAAGGCAGUCGUACAAAUGAACAACCCGAAAAUGGCAAAGAUGAGUUACAAGAUGCUCAAGCAGCAAAGAAUCAACACAUCACGACAGCUGACGAGCUGCGUGAAUACCGACGACAACGCUCACUGGAGAAUGCAGAAAAACGCGCAUCGGCACUCAAAUCCAUUGAAGAAGAAGAUCGACGAAGAUCGUUCAUAAAGCAACUCGGUGAAAAGGACACAUCCGAUCUUUUACGUAAUUACAUACGUAAACCAUCGACCAAAGAGACAGAUGAGACAAUAGUCCAAACUUCGAGGACAAGUGCGGAUGUUUCCCCGACACCAUUAUCACCGUCUGCAAACAGUACACCAACGAAAUCGAGAAGCGAUACCAAAGUAAAUAAUGAUAAACUAGAUAUGACCGUGACGAGAACCAUGGAUGAUGCGUUUACUCAUCACAACAGAGCACAUAGAGGUCACAAUGAGAAAUAUAGUCGCAAAGAGAUCGAUGCAGACAAUGUAGAAACACCGCCGGUCACGCGUCGCAUCAUCGCCACACCAAAUAAGACUUUAGUCACUAUUAAUGGACUGGAUAAGCCAAAUAGCAGCAGUCAACAUGGAGAACGUACAAACAACCAGGAGUCCAGUGAACACGAUAUACCAGGCUUCUUUGAUCGUUACUCAGCCACAAGACGUACGAGACGUUAUAAGCGACCAACAGAUUAUAGCAGUGGUAAUGAGGAGUUUUUGUCAACAAAAGACACAUGUGAAUCGAACAAUGUGCGGCAGUCGUCCAGUGCUGGCGACAUGGAACGACUGCAUGGUAGCACAACAGAGCCACCGGCUUCGGCUAAAACUCCUGUGGAAAAGCUUGUGUUAAAUGAAUCAACGCAGAGCACGGCAAAACCCAAGCCGCUGGCGGAACGUACAAUUACCAAACUGGAAAAGGUCGGACGUCAUAUCAGCUCAAUCAAUCAAGAAGAUGUACAGGAAGCAAUUCGUAACCUCAAGUCACCCACGAAUACGCCAGAUCGCAUAUGGAGUCCGCCACGUGAUAUAAUCAGCACUCAUAUUACCAGUGCGUCGCCGGCAAGCUCGACACACAACGCCUCAGGCGCCACUACUGUCAUCAAAUUAUCCAGCCACGAGCUCAACGAUGAAGGUUUUGAGGAAACGCAAAGUCUUGUCUCCGACACGCCUUCACAAGGCAAAGAGAGCAACAGCUCAUGUAAUGGCGUGGGCGAGACGCUACCGACGCAUACACGCGCCACCACAAGCCGAAUCACAACACCAAAGUCCAACAGCAUAAAACAAAGUAGCAGUCGGCUAGCUGAUCGCUUGCAAAUUUCAAAGCUACGCAACGUGCUGCCGCAGAAACCACAAGCCGCACAGCAGCAACAAACAACGACAACACGUCGUCCAACUACCACAACACAUAUAGAUCGCAAUCGUUCAUUCCGCACACCAAAUGGACCAACAGUACUUCAAUCAGUGUUUGGCAGUGGCAGUGGCAGUGGCGCUGCAAGACGUGCACAUUCCAUGCGUCGUCCGGGCAACAGUCAACCCGACUCUGUACAAAGUGUCAAUAGCUCACCAAUACACGCGGUGCGUCGCGAUGUGGAGCGCAGUAGCUCACGUAACAGCCUACGUUCGUCGCGUUCGUCCAUCAACAGCGGCGCAUCGACCAACACCGUUCGUCGCAUGCCAAUUGUGGUGAGUAAAACGCCGCUGCAAACAGUCUCCGUCGACUCCUCGCCCAGCAAGCGUCCGCUAACAAUGCAAAACAAUGUCCCGCCACAUAUGCGCGUCACAGUCGGCGCGUCUACGUCGAAUCGCACACCGGUGCCGGCUAGUCGUAGCAGUAGCAGUGGUUCGAGCAUAGGCCAACAUAUAGUUGUAGUGCGUAAAGUGACGAACACGAACGGCGGUGGUGUUGGCGCUGGACAGCGUUCUGUGCACUUGGGCAGCGCAAGUUUUAAGGAGAAUCAAACCAACAGCAGCACGCCUACGCGUACACACAGUACACGCAGUGCUGCUCUAGUCAAAGCGACCAUGUCACAACAGCCUGCGCCGCAGGCGAUACACACACGCGCGAGUAGCAGUACGAGAAGUAGCUCGAGUAAUCGGGCCAUGAGCAGUUUUAUGCGGCCAACGGCGUCAAGUGUCACCAAGCGAACCAAAUAGGUGGGAUAGAGUGUGAAAUGAAGUUGGAUGUUUUCAGUACAUAUACACUUUAGGGGUGUUGUGAAGAAUGUUUUAUGUUAAUAUUUUUAAAAUAAUUUACAAUUUUUUGUUAGUAACCAAAGUUUUCUAAAUUGGUAAAAUAAUGCUUAAAUGUUUUUCAAAACUUCGAAUUGAAUCAUUUAUUUAUGGAUUCGAGGUGUACAAUUGAAAACUGAAAACUAUUCUUACGCCUAAAAUAAAAUAUUAUUUAUUUUAAGAAAUUUUCAAAAGGCCUUGAAAAUUUCGGAAAUCAAUUUUCACUUAACCUUUAACUUUUUUGUACUCAAAGGUCUUUGUAACAGGCCAGAAUUUAAAUGAGAAACAAAAAAGCAUUUUUUUUUAUUCACUUAUGAACCGCCCUAAUCUAUCAUAUCCCUAUUUAAAAAAAAAAAUAAUUAAAAAAAGGAAACACAACUAAACUUUGGUAUUUUUGUAUAUCUCUUUUGACACGGGAUAUUACUGAAAAAGGGUUAACCCAAAUGUGCAUGUGCGCUGAUAAUUAUUUCAAGGCGUACAUUAAUUAAAAAAUACUAUUUUUAUGCCUUAAAAAAAAAUUCGUAACGUUUUCAAGAAAAACUUUCCAAAAUGUUUGUAAUUUUUCGUUUGAAACUCAAACAAAUCAAUGACAAUUUUAUUUUAUUUUAUUUCAUUUUUUCAAAAAUACAUAUUGAAAGUGCAUUUUACGCCAAACUUACGACUUUUUCUAAAUUUUAUGAGCCGAUUUAAAAAAAAAAACUUUAUAAACACACUUUCAAAGUGAAAAAAAAAAAUAAUAAUUUUCAAUACUUUUUUCAUUUUUCUACCUUUUUAAAGUGUUCGUAAAGAACUCUUUGGACCUCCCUACCAAACACCAAUAAAUCUAUCAUAUCCGAACCUAAAAAAAAACACAGUAAAACAAAAAAAUAUAUAUGAAAUACAAAAAAUGCGUUUAUUUUAUAUGUAUGUUUGUAGCUGUUACUGUUACUAAAAAAAAUCAAUAAAAAUCAAAACUUAAGAUACUUGUAUACGUAUGUACAUAUAUAUAUGUACAAACCAACGAACUUCUGAAACAUUCCGUCUUGGGCAUAUUUUCUACACGUCUUUAGAUUACAUAAAAUAUAAAAGAGAUUUAAUAUAGUUAUUUACGUGUGUUUGUAUAUGGUAAAUGGAAAAAGUUCUUCAAGCCGUCCGCAUAAAUCGAAUUUGAAACACAACUUUGAAGCAAACCCCCAUAAUAGAAUGUCAUAUAUGUACAUACAUAUAUGUAUACAUAUAUUUUUUGCGCCAAAAACAAUGAAGAGAAUUUCUGAGCAAAUGCACUACGAAAGAAUAUUUACUACUAGCCACGCUAACUAAGUUUCAAAAGUCUCACAUUGUUGUCGUAAAGACUUUAAAAAUCUCGAAUCAAAACUCUGCAAAGAUUGAAAAAUCAAAAAAAAAAUAGAAUUUUCAAAUUAUUAGCAUAGUUAGUCUCAAGAACAUGAAGUGAAAUCACAAAUAUUUGUUUUUCUUUCUGUCUUUAUAGCAAUAUUUCUAUAAUGAAAAACUAAUGCACUAAAACGUCUAUAAGUUAUUAAUUUAAGCUGUUAAAAAUAACGAAACUAAGCCAUUUUACUUAUUAAUAUAAUUAAGCCAUACUUAGCUGCUAGCUAAUUUGCACAGUAAUUCACUUGUAAACAAUAUAAAGAAAAAUGCAACAUAAAAUAUUUAAAGUUUAUAAUAAUUUUUAAGUAAUAUUUAUUUCACAAAACGCUUUUGGCAAACAACACAUAGUGUGCGAGACUGUGACUGUAAUUGUGUGCCUAUAUGCUCAUGAAUGCAUAUUUGUACAUACAUACAUAUGUAUGAUAUAUAAAUAAAGUGUUUAUGCAACAUGUAUGCGCACAGAUGUGGUGUUUAAAUGGGCAAAAUUAACAACAAUAAAAUAAUAAUAAUAAUGAAAUGCAUAUAAAACAAUAACAAACACAUACAUGU